AUGCCCUUGUCGAGCCGCGCGAGCGCGCAAGUGGGCGCGGGUGAUUUCAGCAAGCCUCGGGUCCAUCAGCGGAGUCGACGCGACAAGCAGGGGAGUAGGGGGCCAUUGCCGGGCGAUGAGGAAGAGACAGGGGGAAUGCCGUUUAGGUACUAUGGACGACACUCGAAUCAGUGGUUGUUCAACGAUUUUAGUAUUGGAGAUGCCGUGGGUAGGGGAUUCAAGAGGGUAUUUGGACGGGAGAAGGGCGAGGAGGACUGGCUGGAGAGGAGGGAAAAGUAG